AUGACAUCUCUAAAACCAAAAAGUUCAACAGCACAACUUUGUAACAAAAAAGAGAAUACCAAGAGGCUUAUGUGGUAUGUUUUGCAACAAAUGUUUCUUGAAUCCAAGACCUUCAAAGUACCUAUAUCAUAUUAUGAUAUAAACAUCUGGUCAGGGGAGAUCCUAUUUAGUGCUGCCAGCGAAAGUGUAACGACGCGCGACAGCUUGAGGCUCACUUGGUUGACAAACAGUUCACUUACAUGCAACGAUGGGACUUCUGCUGGCUAUUAUUUUCGGCGCGGAACCAACACUCAACAUUGGGUUCUAUAUUUGGAGGGGGGUGGUUACUGCUGGGACACGGCUUCUUGCAAUGCUCGUUGGCGACGGCGUCCUGGUUUGAUGUCAUCUACGAGAUGGCCUCGUGCACGUCGUGCUCCCGCCGUGCUAUCCGCUGAUCCAGUCAUCAACCCAUUAUGGCAUACAUCAAAUCACGUCCUACUGCCUUACUGCUCCAGCGAUAUGUGGGCCGGAACUCGUAUUAAACCAAGAGUGAACAGUAGUUUUAGCUUCGCCGGCCGCCUCAUUGUCCGUUCAGUUCUUACCGAUCUUCUUCAGAUUGGGCUAGUUGGCCGACUAUUAUUAAUUGGAUCGAGCGCUGGUGGAACCGGUGUUAUGUUAAACGCAGAUGCAGCAAGAAGAGCACUUCGGCCAUAUGGAGUUCGAGUAGCCGCAAUUGCUGAUUCUGGAUGGUUUUUAGAUCGACCAGCGAAAGCGAAACACUCAUCCUCAACUGACGCUGUUGCCAGAUUGGGACACUCUUUCUGGCGCGGGUCACCACCAACAUCUUGCAUGCGGGAGUAUCCUGACAAACCGUGGUUGUGUUACUUCGGAUAUCGCUUGUAUCCUCAUAUACGGACUCCCCUAUUCGUGUUUCAAUAUCUCUUUGAUUCUGCGCAACUCACAGCGGAAGGUGUGCGUGCACCAAGAACGCGUGCACAAUGGGAUGCUGUACAUCAAACUGGUGCAGCUUUACGAUCGAGUUUGAAGACUGUAAGAGCAACAUUCGCUCCAGCUUGUAUAGCGCAUGGCGCGUUCGCUCGGCCCGAGUGGUUAGCAAUUAAUGUAUCUGGUGUGCCGUUACCACGAGCGAUAACUUGCUGGGAGCGGCGAUUUGAAGUAGGAGCUGGAGCUAAUCAACAAAGAGUGCGCUGUGCGCCGCGAAGACUUAUCGAGAGAUGCUCGUGGCCGCAGUGCAAUGGUUCGUGUCCUCGGCUUCGUGAUCCACGGACCGGAGAAGAAGUAGCGCUGGCGGCGUUGCUUCAAAGUUUCGGUUUGGACGUUCGAGGAGCAGCCGCCGCAAUGGGACUCGACGCCCGGCAACUUGCGCGCAUGAGUCGCGCCGAGUUGUUGCCACUUCUGGCUCCACAUACAUGA